UUCUCCCUGCCCCUAUCCCCAGACACCUGCGUCCCCGGCCCUGAGGAGGGUGGAGAGUUUCUUGCUUAUCAGCAGUUUUACUGCCCCCUCCUCCCUGGUUACACAGUCACUGGGAACAGAGCUCCUGGCCAGGACAGGCCAUGCCUGUCGGCUCCCAGCCCACGGCUCCGGGGCAGAGAGAAAGGCCCUUCGGUGCUUUUUCGGGGGCAGGGAGGGGCCUGCAAGCAGGAAAGAAGCAGAAAGGACGCCAGAGGCGAGAAGAAGCACCCUGGUCCGGGUGCCCACCGAGAGGUUUCUGAAGGGAGAUCGGGGAGCGAAGAAAGUCAGGGCGGGACCAGAGCCGCCUGGGAGGCCCAGCACUCAGCCAGGCCCAUCGCGGAGAGCGCCUGGCAGUGCCCAGUGACCACCCCCCCCGCCCCCCCAUCCCCCGCCACCCCGGGCCGCCACCCGCAGGACAUCGGAAGCACGGGUGCUCGGAAGGCGCAUUCUGGAGACUAGAUGCCACGGAGCUGAGAGACAGCCAGGGGGGUCUCUGGAAACACCCUCAGCUGUGGUGUUGCCCCCGACGGAGUUGGCCACCUGGUACUCAAGGGUGGCACCGCAGCCUCCCAGAGGCCUGGCCGGAGCCAGCGGGAAAGGCCACAAGCCAGAGAAAGGGCAAGAAGGUGGCCCCGCUGCACCAGCUCGCCUCUGGGGGCAGGCUUCUCCUCCGCCCAGCUCUGUGCCCUGCUGCCCACUGGCCGUGACCUCGGGGUCCCGGGCCUAGGCUAGAGCCUGAGGCCGCCCGCCCGGAGAAGGCCCUUUGCAGUCAGACUGAAGCCAACUGGGGUACAGCCGGCCCAGCUCUUCCCGUGUGACCCGCACCUCGAUCCCAGGCGUGAGCGGCCGCGGCCCAUGGAAGUCCCUGUGGGGGCGGCAUCGCGCCCGGAUACCCCGACAUGAGGCUCCCGGCUCUCCACCUCUGCCUGCCCUCUUGAUCCCAGGAGUCUCGGGGGAGGAAGCAGCCACCCGCCACCAGCAUCACCCUGGGCAUCCACAAGCCCCCUCUGCCCCCCUCCCAGCCGCCCACGGAGAGUGCCCAGGCGGGGUAUGGAGAGGAAGGACUCGGGGUGCUGUGAGGCCCCCAGGAAGCUGGGCCUGUCCUUCUCCAUCGAGGAGAUCUUAAAGAGGCCCGCCGAGAGGAGCGACGGGGGCCGGCAGGAAGGGGCAGGUGGACGGGGCACCGGGCAAGCGGCCGUUGCGGGCUCCAGGCUGGAGAGGCCCCCCCAGGACCAGCCCCAGGAGGACAGGAAGAGCAAGCGGAGGGUCCGAACCACCUUCACCACGGAGCAGCUGCAUGAGCUGGAGAAGCUCUUCCGCUUCACCCACUACCCAGACAUCCACGUCCGCAACCAGCUGGCAGCCAGGAUCAACCUCCCAGAAGCUCGGGUGCAGAUCUGGUUCCAGAAUCAGCGAGCCAAGUGGCGGAAGCAGGAGAAAAUGGGCAACCUUGAGGUCCCGCAGCAGCCAAGUGAGGCCGACGUGGCCCCAGCCACACAGCUGGACGUGGCCGGCCCCCUGCUGCCGCCCCCUGCGCUGUCCAGGCUGGUGCCUCCCCCAGGGUGUUAUCCGCCGGAUCAAGGUCAGCUGGCCUCUGCCUGGUUUCCUGCUGGAGUCACUCUCCUCCCACAUCACCCAUGGGAGACACCACCUCUCCCGGGCCCUGUCAUCCUGCAGACCUGCGUCCCCGCCCUCUGCUUCCUUCCACCUCCACACCCCAGAUGGGGCAGCAUCUGUGCCACGUCCACAUAGGGACCGACGGACAUCCUCUCCCCCGUGGGGCCACGCUCCUCCCCGGGUGACGACAAGUGCCAGGAAGGGGCCCAGGCGUCUGGGGGAGUCAACCUCCUGAACCAGAGACGGCCCACAUCCCAGGAAGCCGCCCCGCAUGCCCCUUGGAAGGCUGCAGCAGGCUCGGCAGCAAGGUGGCCCUCCUGGCUCAACGACAGAGGCGUUCAGACCUCAGGGGGAGCUCUGGAACCAGGAGGUCAUUGUCUUGCACCUGUGCUUCCUCCAACAUGCUGUGUGACCUCCAGCCAGUCACUUACCCUCUCUGGACCUCCUCUGUAACAGGAAGCAGCUGGACAAGAUGACUUCUGAGGGCCUCUGGCCUUUACCCUGGUGAGGUGAACCAUGGUGAGAACAGAGGCAUGGAGGGGGCCAGUGAGAGGUUGUUGGCUCUUUCAUUCAUGACACACGUAUUGAGCACCUACUGAGUGCUCCAUGAAUGGAACUGGAUAGUGACAUGAGCAGCCGAGGCUCUGCCCCUCUGAGCUCAAUCCAGGUUGGUCGAAGGGACAGCGCUGACCUUCUCCGGCAGGUACAACCUUCGCCAGUGACCUUGCUGUUGGCCCAUGUCUAUCACAUUCUGUGUGGCUUUGAUGUGAAUGUCUUAAAGAAAGAGAAAUAUCGGGAAAAGCUUUUUAAUUUUAAACAGAA